GAAAGACAAAACUGGUGAGAUAUCUUCCAACCUUCCAACCUUCCAAUCUCCAGCUCCCAAAAUUCCACCGUUUCUUCUUCUCAAUUCAUUCAGUCGUUAGUGUCUCCACGACGUGUUCACGGAAGCAGAAGGGAAAAUUUUUCGCUCGGAUUUGUUGUACAAUCCUCUCGCCAGUGUGUAUAUUAGCCUCGGGCUUAUCAUAUAUCAUCCCUCUCACAAAUUCCCUUAUCACCUUUCCACCCAUCCAUCCACAAAUCCCGUCGGAAGAACGAGUGGGAGCCAAUUGAACAGCGUGCUCUCUUAGUUCUACCAUUCCCAUAAAUUUCGUCAGAGGAGCUCCGAGCUUCCUUCCUUGAUCACCACACACACAACACAACCUUCAUCCAAGAAGAUUAAAACUCGAAAGAAAGAAGCAGUCAACAAUUGUCAUUUGCAGAAGCCGGAUCACUCGUACUUUACACACUCUCUCUGCCCAGCACACAGACUUUUUGGAUUUUCAACUUUGUUACUAUCCUCACACGUCUGCAAGCCUGCGCUGCAGUUUCCCCCCCACCCCACUUUAACAACUGAUUCAUAUAGCGACAUCUGUCGCAACCUGAGUCAAGAUGUCCGGAAAAACAAACCGUGAUGUCAAAAACCACUUUCUCUUUGAGAUAGCCACCGAAGUUGCGAAUCGAGUUGGUGGUAUCUAUUCCGUCAUCAAAUCAAAAGCACCAGUCACCACAGCAGAAUAUGGAGACCGAUACACUCUUAUUGGCCCUCUCAACAGGCAGUCGGCCGCAGUGGAAGUCGAGGCAUUAACCCCAACGAACCCCCACCUUGCAGCAACGAUAGAAGCUAUGGAAGAAAGAGGAAUUCAAAUGGUAUAUGGCCGCUGGUUGAUUGAGGGUGCCCCCAGAGUUCUCUUGAUCGACACCAAGAGUGCCUACAGAUUUUUGGAUGAGUGGAAGGCCGAUCUGUGGAAUACUGCUGGAAUUCCAUCUCCGCCUGGUGAUGACGAAACCAACGAAGCAGUUGUCUUCGGUUACUUGGUUGCGUGGUUCUUGGGAGAGUUCGUCGCACAUGAAAAAGAAAAGGCCGUCAUUGCACAUUUCCACGAGUGGCUCUCCGGUGUCGCACUUCCUCUAUGCAAAAAGCGCCGUAUCGAUGUUACUACAAUUUUCACCACCCACGCAACUCUCCUUGGAAGAUAUCUCUGUGCAGGAUCUGUGGACUUUUACAACAACUUGCAGUGGUUUGACGUGGAUGCCGAGGCAGGAAAACGUGGUAUCUAUCACAGAUACUGCAUAGAACGUGCGGCGACGCAUUCUUGUGAUGUCUUUACCACUGUUUCACAUAUCACCGCAUAUGAGUCUGAGCAUCUCUUGAAGAGAAAGCCAGAUGGUGUUCUUCCCAACGGUCUCAAUGUCACCAAAUUCUCUGCCAUGCACGAGUUUCAAAACUUGCAUCAACAAGCCAAGGAGAAGAUUCACGACUUUGUUAGAGGUCAUUUCUAUGGACACAACGAUUUUGAUCCUGAAAACACACUUUACUUCUUCACAGCAGGACGUUAUGAGUACAGAAAUAAGGGUGUUGACAUGUUCAUAGAGUCAUUGGCUCGUUUGAAUCACCGCCUGAAGUCCGCUGGAUCAAAGAUGACGGUGGUCGCAUUCAUCAUCAUGCCAGCACAAACCCAAUCAUUAACUGUCGAAGCUCUCAAGGGACAAGCCGUCAUUAAAUCAUUACGUGACACAGUUGAUGUUAUUGAGCGCGGUGUCGGAAAGAGAAUCUUUGAGCGUGCCCUUAAGUGGCAUGAGGGUGAAGUGAUGCCUGAUGAAAAGGACUUGAUCACCAGUCAAGAUCGCAUCCUUCUCCGCAGACGUCUGUUUGCCAUGAAGAGACAUGGACUUCCACCGAUCGUCACUCAUAACAUGGCAAAUGAUUCUGAAGACCCAAUUUUGAACCAAAUCCGCAGAGUUCAACUGUUCAACCAUCCUUCGGACCGUGUCAAGGUCGUUUUCCAUCCCGAGUUCUUGAACUCUGCCAACCCAGUCCUACCAAUGGACUACGAUGAGUUCGUCAGAGGUACCCAUUUAGGUGUCUUCUCAUCCUAUUAUGAGCCAUGGGGUUACACACCAGCAGAGUGUACAGUCAUGGGUGUGCCAAGUAUCACAACCAACUUGUCAGGUUUCGGUUGUUACAUGGAGGAGUUGAUUGAAAACUCAACAGAUUACGGUAUUUACAUUGUCGACCGUAGAAUGAAGGGUGUCGAUGACUCGGUGAACCAGCUUACCAGUUACAUGUUUGAUUUCGCUGGUAAGAGCAGACGCCAGCGUAUCAACCAGAGAAAUCGUACCGAGCGAUUAAGCGAUCUUCUCGACUGGAAGCGCAUGGGAAUGGAAUACGUCAAGGCAAGACAAUUGGCAUUAAGAAGAGCAUACCCUGCAUCAUUCGACGGCGAAGAAGAGGAUGACUUCAUUCCUGGUGUGGAACAAAAGAUUUCACGCCCAUUCUCGGUACCCGGAUCCCCAAGAGAUAGAACCGGUAUGAUGACACCUGGUGAUUUUGCCAGUCUGCAAGAAGGACGUGAAGGCUUGAGCACAGAAGAUUAUGUUUCCUGGAAGCUUCCUGAAGAGGAAGACCCAGAUGAGUACCCAUUCCCACUCACCCUCCGAACGAAGAAACCAAACGGAUCUCAGAGCCCAUAUGGAUAUGGCGGUGCACAAAGCCCAUCGGAGUAUGCCAUAACUAAUGGGAACGGGAUGAAGUGAAUAUAACGAACAAGAAAAUGAUUAGAAAUGGUGAAUAAAGGAAGGAAAUAAAUGGGACCAGGAUGACUGGAGGCAAACUACGAGGACGAUAAAUAAUCAUGUACCAAAAUGUCUAUACUGCUUUACUGCUUUUCUGCUUGCAUUUCUGCGUUGCUAUUAUGUUACUUGUAUCUCUGCGUCACGCUACCGCUUGCAAUUGUAUAUUCAAUACCCUCUUCGUUGUGAACGUUGGUGGUUUUAUUUAUGCAUGGAUGGGAAUGGGUUGCAAGUAUAUUUGCGUUUAUCAUUUUAAUUAUCAGGGGACUUUUUGAACAAGAAGAAAAGGAUGUAAAUGAUGGAUGAAUGAAACAGGGCAAUAUGUAAUUGAAAGGGAGAGAUGAGGAAAUGUAUGAUGUGAUGGAGAAGGAAAAGCGUGGUAUUUGUUAUCUUUUUUCUUUUUGAUAUUCAUUCAAUAUAGCUUUGAAGUUUGAGUAGAUAUGAAUGAAAGUAUGAUAUUGUGAAAAAUUGAUAGAGAGAUUGUAUUUUUCUUUGUUUGUCAUUGAAUUUGGAAGUGAUAUUUUUGGAUUUGA